UGGAAUCAAACCUCAACACCUUUACCCUCCGCACGUUAUAGCAAUUGCGAAUUGCGAUUGCGGCGCACCACACGACCACAACAACCCCUCUUCCUCCUCCCUCUCUCUUCGCACUAACCAAUCCGAGUACAACUCGCCGUACUCGCACGCACACAUAGGCAGAUCCAAUCCGACUGUACAAAAGCGCCGCCGUCCGCCGCUCACGUGGAAGAGGGAGAGGGAGCAGCGGAGAGGAGAAGGACUUCCACGACUAUAUGCAACCUCCUGGAACAGUCUAGUUCCUAAAUCCUUCUUCCAUUCUGGCAGAUAUCAAGAGAUCAUUCAGGUCUCGCACCUCUGAGUGGGUGUGGAUUUGCAACAAUUCUGCGACCAACUUAUCGCUGCCUCUUGGAGUAAUCCCAUCAUACAUCUGGAGAUUACGGCGAGCACUGGAGGGACUUUUUGUUGAUUACGGUUAAUUGAGGAAAGCAGCUGAGAUGUAACAAUUUUUUUGAGCUGAGCUCUCUUCCAAGACAGGCCUGUGAUUUAGCAAUGUGAUUGGAUCAACUCUGUUUUUGGAUCUGGUGUUAGCUCAGUUGACACUAGAGUUGACUUAUGGUUAGGUUUUUCUGUUUUUCAUCCUCUACUACACAACAGAAACCGAAGGAGGCCUUUCUGCUAGCAGAUAAGACCAUGCUUACUGUUUCAAAGAAAGAUUCUCAGGAACAAACAGUGAAGUUCACUGCUGGAUCAGUGGGCCCGAAGCAGAUGGCGGAUGAAAAUAACCAUUCAGUUGCUAGUGGGCAGUAUGAUAUUAACUCAUCAUCUCACCAAGAAUGCUGGAGAUCUGAUGAAUGGAAUAGACAUGCAUGCUCUGAUGAUGACAAAGAGGAGAAAGUUGGGCACCUACAGAAGAGCCAGUCUCUUGGGAACAUGCUUCAAGAGGAUUGUGAUCAUCAUGGCAGUGAAGGUACUGAGUGUGACAUUACAGACCAUGAUUACAGAAGCCAUUGCUCUGGUUUCAAGAGCAAUACAGAUGUUGAAGAAUCCACUAGGUUAGGCAGCAAGAACAACGAGAAUGUUUUUGAUGCCUCAUCUGACCUGAUCAGUCAUGGUGUUUAUGAACCUUCAGUUGAUCAUGCCGCUGAUUCUGACAGGCAUCACUCUUAUGACCACAGCAAAUUUCCAAGGUCACAAUCUGCUAUAUUUCAGAAUAAUUCUGAUAGUGACCGAGAAGGUUCUGUUGAUUCUGAGAGACUAGGCCCCCGUUGCAGAUCUUUUGAGGAUUUAUGUUCAAUGGACGGUGAAAAGGUUGAUUACUUGAGUGGUGAUGAAACAAAUCGCUCGAAAUCAAAUUUGCCUGUGCUUUGUGCUGGACCUUCUUCGCCAGGUAUCUCUGAAUUAUUAGACUUGGAGAAUGGUUCAGGAGGUCGCUCUGAUGCUGCUGAAGAUGGCCAACGGUCCUCUGCAAGUGUAGAUGGGAAGUUUGUGAGGGAUGGGAUGAUAAGUCAUGACUACUGGGAUGGCAAAUAUAUUGCUGCUGAUAAUUCAGCUCAUCCAGUUGCCACUUGCUGUGCGGAUUCAGGGCAUUAUUGUGUCAUCAAUGGUGCUUUAAAUCAAGAGAGGGAAGAGAAAUUGUGGAACAGAAAUAGCGGUCUCGACCAGGAGUCACUUGGCAUUGACAUGCCUAAUUUGAAGAACCCGUCUGACUCGAAGGAUAUUAGUGAGGAAGCUGAACACAAUGAAACUGAAAUGAAUGGUGAUCAGCAUUUUGACGAGGACCCAAAUGAACUUAGUCCAAGAGCUUACAGCAUUAAAAGGAUCGAGGAUUGGAUCAGCCAAAUUGAUAUUGACAGUGACAUCAUUGUGGAGGAGCAGGGAGAAAGUUCAAGUUCUGCAUCAACAAAAUAUAGCGAGUCGGUGGUCAGUGUUUCUGCUGUGCGCCCUGAUGCUAAAAGUCCUCUUGGCAUGGAGAUAGCUUACACUUAUAUUUCCAAAUUGACUCCUGUUUCUUCAUCUGCACAAUUGCCAAACCUUGGUUUGGUUGCAAUCCCAAGACUGAGCGCGUUCUCAGGCCUACGGCUGUUGAACUUAUCAGGGAAUUCAAUAGUGCGCGUAACUGCAGGAGCUCUCCCGAAAGGUCUUCACAUGUUAAGCCUGUCGAAGAAUAAUAUCUCGAUUAUUGAAGGCCUUAGAGAACUAACACGCUUACGCUUGCUGGACAUAAGCUAUAAUAGGAUCUCUAGAAUUGGCCAUGGUUUGGCUUCAUGUUCUUCUUUGAAGGAGUUAUAUCUGGCUGGUAACAAGAUCAGUGAGGUAGAUGGCCUUCACCGCCUUCUGAAGCUAAAAGUUCUGGACUUGCGCCACAACAAGAUUUCUACAUCCAAGGGCCUUGGUCAACUGGCUGCGAACUACAAUUCCCUCGAAGCCAUCAACCUAGAUGGCAACCCGGCACAGAAGAACGUAGGUGACCAGCACCUGAAGAAGUACCUGUUAGGCCUCUUGCCAAACCUUGCUGUGUACAACAAGCAGCCUGUAAGAGCAACUGGCUCAAAAGAGGUCUCGGACCGUCACACACGCAAGAUCUCUUCUUCCCAUCGUUCUGACCGCAGUUCCAGAUCGGACCGCAAAUCUUCCAGGUUGGUGGCUGGCACAUCUUCACGGCAUGCCCGUCCUGCACAUACUUCAGGCCCUUUGGUGAAGCAGUCGAGGUCCCGGAACAUGCCAAUGGCAGCGCUGGGCUCUAGACCAGUGGAAUAUGCGGGUGCUGGAGUUCCAGCGAAGCAAAUUCAGAUGGAGGAAAAUUCGCAGUGACAUCAUCCAAGCAGAGCUGCCUAGCCAGCCAAGGCUUUUGGACAAGGAUGUUGCAAGUUUUCCUGUUAAGUUUGUAAAAUAAUUAAGCUCAAACAGUAUGGUGAAGAGCACUUUUCUUAUACUGCUAAAGACAUGUAUUUUUUUUUGUCAUAGUACUACGUGGCAGUGUUUUUGAAUAAGAGUACACAGGAAUGUUGUAAGACAAAACACAAAUACCUCUGUGAAUUGAAUUGGUACCGCCAGUCAGAUGUUUUUGUCUA